AUGUCUUUGAACGGGCUCGAUACUGCCCCCGUCGUUGAAGCCUAUCAGAGUGCCUUGGCAGACGCGGGUGGAUGGUUUCUACUGCACUAUGUUGCACGAGAUGAGGUGGCCCUCCACGAACGAGGCACCGGCGGAGUGCCUGACAUCCGGAAUGCCAUUGACGGCUAUGAAGAAUGUUCGCCGCUGUACGGCUUUCUCCAGUACCGGCGCAGGAAAGUGAUCAUCCGUUACAUGCCGGAGGGGUUAUCUCGACUCAUACUAGCCCGAAGCAAUGUUCAAUUCCAGUCCGUUACCGACAAGUUUACCCCGAACGACACGGUUCUCGCGUUAUCCAAAGCCUCCGAUCUCACCGAAAGCGCCUUGUCUUCCGCGUGUCUCCUUCAUACCGCAUCCACCUCGAUCACCUCCUCUUCGAGCUCUCUGCGUCGCCGCCGUUUGAUGGAAAUUACGGAAGAUGCCGAGGAAAACGGCACAAAGGAUGAAGCAUUGACUCCGACUUCCCCUCCCCAGGCGGACGCCCGAUCAAGCUCCAGGAGCGUCACAUCGGAAGCUACCGUUGUACCGUCUCCCAUCGAGCCCUCCGUUGAACCCCCGACAUCACCAGAAAGUGAAAAGGCAUCAGCCGACAUCAUGCCACCCUCAUCGUGGGCGAGCACCAUGGCCACAGCCUCUCGAGAGAGCCCUAUCGAACCACAAUCGGCAUCGAUGUCUCCCAAGUCUGUAGCCUCGGAUCACUCGAGUUCCAAGUACCGCAAUAUCUUGGAUGAAUUUCCCCGUCCUUCAGAGGAAACCCGUAUGUCCACCCAAUCCUCCCGUCCCUCGCUCCGGGAAUUGGAACGCGCCGCAGGAAUCACUCCCAAGGUCAAGCUGGGACCCCGGCCAUCCGUGGACAGCAGUGGAAGACCCCGCACAGCAGGCGGUUCCCGAAAUCCUGAUCAGCGGCCCGUUGCGUCUCUGCCGACAAAUAUCCGGUCUUCUUCGCGAUCUUCUUCCCUGCGAAAAGAACCUGUCGACGCGCCCCGCCCGCGAUCUCAGGGGAGCACUUUCGCAACUAAGCCCACUAGUCGUGUUCCGCCAGUCCCACCCUUGUUGGUCCCACCCCCGUCUAUGCCUAUUUCAAGGCCUCAACUUUCCCCUGGCGCCAAAUCUCUUGGCGCAUUGUCAAGCUCAUCGGGAUUGACCCCUGAGAAAGAACGUUUGAUGAAAGCUUUGCAACAACGGAAAAAGAAUAUGGCCAAGCGUGCGGAGGGAACAAAAAAGAAGGCCCCCGAAGGAGAGUCGAAACCUGAGAAAAAAAUUGUUGAUUACGAUGACAAUAAGGAGAACCUCAUUCAGAUUCACUUUCCUGAUGAGCCUGAGCUGGAGUCUGUUGAGACAGAUCAACUGGACACGCAUGAGUUCCCCUCGGGGGAUUUACCCGUGCUUCCGGAGUCCGCCCCUGAAUCCAUUCUCGAGUUCGCUCCUGAGAUUGUUGAACCAUCUCAGUCGAUUGCUGAGCCUUCGGUGAUAUCCGAACUCGAGCAGUCUUCUGAGCCUAUUGAAGCUCAACCAGAACAGGUCGCUGACGUCCCUGUUCCCACCCUUGGGGAUAGACCAUCCUCGCCCUCGGGUCCAGCUUGCGAUAGUAUUGUGUCAACGGAGAGUGCUGCCACACCUUUGGAAAUUGUUAAGACGGAAACAGCGCAGAUAACCCCUGAAGAUGAAACACGCUCUGAGCCUGAGGACUCCGCAAUCCCUGGCCUAGCCCCACCUACAUUUAGUGCCAACGUCCCACUCCCAAAUGAGCCUUCGGACGCCCCGCCUGUUUCAGAGGAUGUUCCAGAAACAAAUUUGGAAAUUCCGCCCAUUUUACAUCUGCCAACUGAGGAACCUUCCGAUCAGCCUAUCUCAACAGAGGUUCCUGACUCGAUUCCCCUCCCUACAACCCCCUCUAUCACCCCUCCUGAAAGCACUGGUCCCGAAACCUCUGCCCCCGGUUCUGUCUCGGUCUCUCCUAGUCCGGAGUCUACCCCUGAUCACCCAAUUACCGAAAAGGCCGAACCGUCUUCCCUAGAUCAGAGGCGCAGGGUCCACCUAGAGCCUAUUCAAGUGCCCACUCCUGAGUUAUCAGACGACGAAAAUCUCCUUUCCGACGAUUCAUUCAUGGAGGAAUUAACCUCCGCUACUGUCCAGGAGGCCAGACCGGUAUCCGUAAAAUCCCCCAACGCUGGCGAUCAUUCCUGGAGAAACUCCCGUGCCGUCUCGAGUCCAUAUUCUUCGGGCUCAUCCUCGGCCAUGCACACUCUCACAGUGGGCCGAUCAAUCUCUAGCUCCUAUUCUGAAAAUGGUCCUUCCACGCCGGUACUCGUGGCCAAGAAGAUCAAUGUUUCCUCGGGCAUUUCUAGUCGUAUCAAGGCUCUUGAGAAGUUCUCAAGCCGCGAAGGCACGCCCUUGGGCGCGAGUCCAAUUGUGAAUGGACCAUCAGCCUCAUCAUCUUUCGAAAGCCUUCGCAAACGCGCGUCUAUUUCGAUGCCCAGUGGGCACCAGGAGCCCAUUGUCCUGAGUACCAUGCAUUCUGCUCAUGCCCCUGACAGUUUCAUUCGUGCACCAAGCGUGAACCGACAUGACCGUCGGGUGUCUGUGGAUACCACGCGCCUCGCUAAUUCUGUUCCCGUAACGGCCCGUAUCGUGCGUGGUACCGAUGCCUCCCCUGCAUCCUCUGCCAUUGAACCCUCGGAAUCCGAUGUUCUCAAUCUCCAGGCCAGUCCUUUGACUGUGGAGCGUGCCACAACCGAACGAGCUCGACCCCAUACCUCGACCCAUGAGACUGCCAGUCGUUUGCAGGACCGAAGCUUGUCUACAUCAUCUAAUGGAUCUAGUCGUCCAGCGACAUCCCGCCCUGGAAGCCGUCCCUCUCCCCCCUCGCGCUCUAGGACUGACGAGACCAUUCAAUCUACUUCAUCAUCCGAAGAAAAGAAAGUAUCUCGCACCUCACGCCUCAUGCGUCGCAUGUCUUCAAUCACAUCCACGUCUCGCCGCAGCAUCAUUGGGGCCCUCAGCCCGCCAGUCAAGGAAGAUGUUUCAACUCCCGCUUUCACAGAUCGAUCUAGUGAGGCUCCAGGACCUUCCAGUACCCGUACUUCGGAGCCCAUUGACAUUGGUGAAGUGAACGUCCAGUUCCCAGAGACUCUUCUCUGGAAGCGCCGAGUCAUGCGCAUCGAUGAAGAUGGAUACGUUGUUCUCGCGCCUGCUACCAAUGAUGCCACAGCCCGCAACAUGACUAAACGCUACCAUCUCACCGAGUUCCGGACCCCUUGUCUCCCCGAUGAAGACAUGCAGGAACUGCCCAACAGCAUCCUCCUCGAAUUUUCAGAUGGUAAUACUCUUCAGUGUGCCUGCGAAUCGCGCCAAGGACAAGCCUCUGCCCUUCAGACUCUCAUCGAAGCACACAACGCCCACCGGCAAUAA